UCCUACAAGGUUCCCCGCGCCCAUCCCGGUUAGCAAGUUAGAAGGCGAAUUUUGAUUGGCGGAGUGAUGAACUUUCGGAUCAACAUUACCAUUACCUUGACCUUUCUUUUCACAUGUGAGGGAGGGUGAGGCACGCACUACACUAUGCAUCGGAUAACGUCCCUGGACCCCACCACUCCUUGUCCACGUCUUCCCUUCCACGCUGGAAAGUUCACUCUCUUUAUGACACGUCACCUCCACCAUUGGGGCAAACACCUACAACGACCGUACCACCAACACCCAAACCCAGCAACGCAUGUCUCCUCUCUCCUUCAUACAACGCAUUACACGACCUCACACUCGUCACACUCUUCUCUUUUCUUAGUUCUUCUCCCAAACUCCCUAAUUUCUCCUUACAUAGUUGGAUCAAUUCAAUUCCUUCCUUUAGAGAGGAAAAAAAAAUUAGUUGCUGGUUUUAUUGGGAAACAAUCACGGUGCUUUGCUGUUACUAAGUUACCAUUAAUUUGGAAUUUUCCAAGCUGGGCAUGUGCAUGAAUGUGAUGAUUAUUAUUGAUGAGUGAUGAUGACAACUAUCAUACUAUAACUACAGUGUGUUCCGCAUGCAACAGUUUAAUUGACUAUGCAACUUUUCCCUUUCGGAUAUCCAACAAAAUUGGAGCUACAGAACUAGGAUCUGAAGUUUGACUUUUACUGCCUUAUUACUGGUUACCAUCGUUUUUUAUUAUUGUUACAGGACGGAAUGGAUACCUUAACUUGACUUUGCCUUUGAUGGAAAAGGUCUCUGUAUCUAUCUGAGACCAGCUAGGCUAAUAUCUGGAUUCUACUACAUUCAAAUUGCUGGCAGCGUAGCAUGGAGUUUCACAAUUUCAGUGCUCAUUUUCAUGUUUGAAAACCAAAGGGAAUGGAGAAGGUCUGCGAAUUCUGCACGGAUUUGAGGCCACUUGUUUAUUGUAAGGCUGAUGCAGCUUAUCUGUGUCUAUCCUGUGAUUCAAAGGUGCAUUUUGCGAAUGCACUGUCCAGCCGGCAUCUUCGGACCCUUGUUUGUAACUCUUGUAGGUACCAUCUUGCUUAUGUGCAGUGUUUGGAUCACAAAAUAUUAAUUUGUCAAGAGUGUGAUCAGAAGCUGCACGAUGUGUCUUUACCACAUCGAAAACGAGCUAUCAGAAGUUUCAUGGGUUGCCCUUCUGCUAAAGACUUUGCGAUGCUAUGGUGUUUUGGCUUGAAUGAGAUGGAAAACAUCACCUGUGAGGAUUUGUUUGGAUCUGCUUCAUGUGUUUCCGCUGAUUCAAAUAUGGCACAAACCUCUGUACGGGCUAGAAGUCGAAUAUCAUCUAAGGCCAAACUUCAUGGGGGAUCGAGCAGUCGACAAGGUCAGAUAUUAUACAGUGAUCAAGAGCGAAAAAAGAUUCUGCAGCAGAUUAUUGAUUUAAAACAGCUUCAGCUAAAUGAGAAUACUGAUCAAACUAUAAAGAUAAAUGGACCUGAAGAAGAAACAGACUUAACUUCUUCAGCAUAUCAAACUAUCAAGAAAUCAGAUGAAAAGUUCAAUAAGCAAGAACAAAAUUCAAAGGAUGUUGUGGAAAAAGACAGUCACACAGUGGAGCUGAAUCCUGAACCUUUGCCUUCUACGUUUUCUCAGCUUGAUAACUUACCUUCAAUUGUAGAUCUUCCCUUACAUGGAGAGUUAUUCUGGACAGGGAAAAGUCCACCCCGAAGUAAUCAGUUGUGGUCCCAAAACAUACAAGACCUUGGGAUAUGUGAAGAACUUGUUUGUCGAGAUGAUUUCAACAUACCUGACGUUGAUCUAACAUUCCAAAACUUUGAGGAACUAUUUGGAGAUCAAGAUCCAGUUAGAGCACUGCUUGAUGAUAAUGAUGUUUCCUGCUCCUCUUUAGAGAAGGAUAUGUCAAUUGAUAAGUCAGAUAUUGACAAUCUAAGUGCAAUAGAGGAUUCUUCGGCAGCCAUAUCGAUUACCAUCUUGCAAUCAGCUCAUGAGAACAAGGAUAUCGAUAGUACCAACAUCCAGCAUUAUCCAAGAAGCACAGAUCCUCCACACACAAUUCGACCAUUCGAGUCAACUGUGUCAUCGUCUGUUUCAAGAUUCUGGGCUGCAAGCAAUCCUACUUAUCACAAUGACGGUGCCCUUUCUCCCUGCAGUGAAGAGAAAGGCUAUUUAGGAAAUUCAGCUGAAUUGGAGAUAUCACAUAUGGAGGCCACACAAAAUCUCACUCUCACGUAUGAAGAGAAGCCAUCUCGACGGAACGAGAAGCAAGUUCGACUCCCAUCUGGGAAACCUGGAGCUAAUGUAAGAAAGAAGGUGAAAGGCACUGCCAAGGCAGAAAGCUAUUGACCUUAGCUAGCAAUAGCGUGUGAAUGCUUUAUAUAUAUAUAUAAUGUAUUAUCCAUCUUCAUGUUCAUUUCACCAACUGAUUCUUUCAUUUUCAUCAUACACAUACUUUUAUAUAUUUCUAACAAGUAUAGGGAGCACCAUAAUGUUAAUAUACUAAUUCUUAUUUGGAAGUUUUAACAUGUGUGCUUCUAAUUAAUUAGUAAUAAGGGAUAAGAUCUACACAUAUUAGUCUCCCAUUCAAAUCUGCUAGCAGCCAUUUUCAGUUGUAGCUCUGUGAAUUGAGACAAAACAGAGAAAGGGACAUCUGCUCCUUAGGCUUGACAAAACCACAAGAACAGCUAAUUGAGAUUGUUUUAGUUAUAAUAGUCUGCAUGGACCGAAGCUGUAAUGAAAAGGAAAUGUAAUCUGACCAUUGCUUGUUUUAUGGAAAGUCAUUAUGAGAA